GAGUCAUGCCACGGUCGUUGCAGAGCAGACGACUCACAGCAACCCACUGUGCAAUUUCCAUCGAUUGUUUUUGCGCCAACCUGUCUACAAAUUAAAUGUUUAGAUGAAAUUAUACGCAACCUUUAGCUCAUCUGGACUUCAGUUUACGCUGAUUCAACGACCUUCACAAUAUAGCGGCACCUAGUCAGAGGGUGUAGUCUUUUCGGAAGAUAGAACACGAUGUGUGAAGCGGGACAAUUUAUUCAGCGAGUACAGAUAUGAAGCCUAACCAACGAAUCAGCCAUUCACACGGGGUACACACAUUAUAUAGCACGACGUUUCACCGUAACCGAAAUUGAGUUACGGAGAAAAUGGAUGCGACCAACAACACCUCGCAGGGAACCAAUUAUCACUGAUUAUGUGCGGCUGCGUAUUAGAGGCUCUUCACUCCUAGCAUACCACCGCAUUAUAUCCGUGGUUAUAUAGUUCGCGAUUAUUCAGUUGCCUGUGGUGGUACACUACUGAUGUUUAUACCCAGGAAUGACAGAGCGUAGCAACAGUCGACAAGACGACUCAAUUUUCAAGAUGGAAUAGAUUGGAAAAUAAUAUUUUCAGCUGCAGUUUUUCUUUUCUUUUUUACCUCCACGGUUUUUAGCAACAGAGUGACAGGUUCACCCAUCUUUCCCGCGUGGUGGUAUAACACUGAGUUAUCGCGACACGUCGCACGAGGCACACCAGGAAUCCUGUGUGGAUUAUUACAGCCGGCAGCCAGCAAUAAAAUACCCGCUGCAUCGUCUUCUGGAACAUGACCGGCCCCCAAAACAGACUCUUAUUUUCACAGCGCACCGCCGAAAAGUGACGGAACAUUUUCAGAAGAAACACUACAACGGAAAUCGAGCGGAGAGAGGAGAGUGUUGGGGGAUAACUCGACCCGUAUUUAAUCAUGGCAGCACACUUUCAGUGGAAAUCUCCCCAGCGUGGUUUUUUAUGUUGUUUUUAUGACAGCCCCAGACGUCUCUAACCUUACACCGAUGAAAACAUCCUCCUGACUCGUCUCCGAUGAUCAUCAAUAUUCCCUUGAUCUCCUAGGAUUUCUCCAGGUUGGAUCAACCUCUCGUGACAGGCUGAUUUUGUUUUACCCCUAAUCUAUGCAAAGCCACUCAGUGGGGGCCAGAGGCGCGAUUGCCUCCCGGACUCCUGUUCCCUUCAUUUCCUACAAUCUCCCCCGAUGCAUUGUCCCAUGCCACACAAUUCUCAAUUCAUCAACGCAUUUAUUUUUACCCGUUCGUGGGAAUUCCCUGCUGAGGGUUAGACACCCCCUGUGAUUCGUGUGUGGAUCAUUCUAACCAGUUCUAACUUUAAGAGUCUAGUCCAUAAACCGAGUCUUAUUUUUCACUCGAGGCCCUGGAGAGAGAGAGAGCAGACGAUCAAGAAACAUUUUUCUCCCGCGUAAUCUAGCCGCCUGCUCGAGCCACUAUGUUGCUCAAAUCUCAUUAAGGACAGUCUUAACAGGUGACUGAACAUAACUGAAACAAUUUCACGGGAAUUCAAAGUGGUAAUUUCGCUCAUCUAUAAGCCCUCCGUAAUGAGUUUAAAAAUAAACCGUGGAAAAAUCUCACGUGCGUGAAAUUGGCAUGCCCGUUUUUCGUUCAUCCGUGGUUUGACAACCUUUCAACACUGUAUUUUGUGAUGCUGUAAGUGGGGCAUUAUGGCGAUGAAAAACAAGCGUCGUAAACAUUUGGUGAAGCAGCAGAUUGGCGUGGUAAUAACCGACUUAGAGAAAGUGAUAUUGGAGCUCAACACUGUCGUUCGGGAGCUAAAAGGGGUGCUGAACCAAAUUGAGCGUGUCUCAUCCUAUCUGGACGAGCCGGCCAAACAAACGGCUGAUAAAGAGACUAAGAAAAGCAAGCGUGUCGUCAAGAAAGCGGUGUGCGUCGCGAAGAGCUGUGACAACGGUGUAGUCUUACCACGAGCCGUUUGUAGCCCUUGUAAAUCCCUCUCGCAUUUUGUGACAGUUCGCAAUGGUUUGAAUGGUACCAAAUGUGCCUUUUCGCCGAAGAAGUGCCGGAACGAUUGCCUGUUCUCAAAUGACGUCAAGUCCGGCUCCCAAUGCAGUGCCGAGAAAGACUUGAGUCUGUACGGCUCCGGGGACGAAGGAAGUCCACGCAUUGGAUGCUCCGGUGAUUCGUGGUGCUCGAGUCCUCGUCAUGACGUCAUCGGCUGGGAUAGGAGGUUUUCCAGCCCGUCGCCAGCACACAGCCUGACCACCAAACUUAGAGAUACCAAAGCCAAGAGCGCAUCCCAGACGUCAUGCAGCGACGACACGCAGUCAGUUGACUUCCAAGCCGACUAUAACCAUGACAUUAACACGUGGACUACGUACGCAAUGGUACACAUAGACGCAUCCAGCGACGCGUGGUCUGCCGACGAAGCAACCCAAGGGGGCGAUGUCCUAUCACCGACUCAUUCCCACCACUCUGGUGACAACAAACGAAUCAUGCACAUCUCACCCCUAGCAGUCGAAUCUGCAUGACACCUGAUAACAACAGCUCAUACCACGAAAUGCAAAUCGGGUGCUGACUUAAUCUAUGUUUACAUUAUUACAGUAGUAAAGACUGAAUAAAGACAUCCAUACAACAAUACAUGUGAAGUUAUCAUUGCUGGUUUAGAAAACGUUGAAAUAGCAACAAAAUGUCAAUUACAAAUGUCUGUACAUAGAACCUUUGUGUAACGUAAAAACGAUGCUAGAAAUGUUAUUGUUUUCACUGCAUAUUAUAUUGUCUUGUUGUUCACACCUAGUGUCUGGAUUCGCGUUUAGCCUGUAAUUUUUGCAAAAAAAGCCUUAUUUUACAUAAACCAAUCAUCGUUGAGCGUGGAUGCUUACUUAUGUGAUUUCAUUUUAAUUAUUUUUAAAUAGUAAUUGUAUCAGGACAUUUAAAUUUGCAUAAAUUCCAUAUAGACUGGUUUCUUUGAGAUUGUCUAUACACACAAACAUACUUAACAAUCUAAUGACUUUGCUUAGUCAAGACAGGUUACCAGCUUAAAUGCUGUACGUGAUGUAUUAUCUUCUAUGUCUGGUUCCCUGCUCAUUGAUUUGCCAUUGUAGUCCUUGCAUACGGACGUUCAUUUAAAUAUUACGGCAAUGUGCUUAGAAAACCUCAACAAUAAUAAAUUAUGAUAAUCGUUAUUUAAAAACACCAACAAAUAGUAAAUGAGUGUACUCAAAUGGACGAUAAUCUAUGUAUAUAUCUACUGAUUCAAAAUGAAUAUUUUAUUGUCUAUAAAUUUCCACGUCAAAUGAAUUUACAUAAUGUAUAUAUACAGAGAAAUGUAUACCGUUGUAUUUAUUUAAAAAUGUGAACAGAGUAUCAAAUGUCUGGAAGACGUGUGUUCAAUCGCUUUAUGCACUGUAUAUAGAUGUUCUAGUCGACUGGAAAGCGAUGUGAGCUUAGUUUAUAUUUAGGUACACUCAAACACCGCCAAAAUAAACUUCAUACUUUUCUUAUUUUGUGCCUCUGAAAAACUCACGACAAAAGUCUCGCAUGAAGUACUGUAUAUCUCGAAUUACACGAGGUUUUAAUUGCUUUAAUGUUGUUCCAAGGUGUUGGCGUGUCACGAGGUGAACGCAUGAAAAGAAAUCACUACGUGGAUUCUAAUUGGUCAAUUAGGCAUAUGACGUACAUGUAGUACUUGCCUUUUAACUUAUACUGUUAAAUCAUUUGCCAUUUUAUUCUGUUUGCCAUUUUAUUCUGUUUGCCAUUUUAUUUUGUUUGUUGUCAACGUGAAGGAAUAUAUUAUUUGAUUUUAACCACAAUCGAGUAAUUUAUUAUGCUUGAAUAUACUAAUCAAUUUAAGGAUUUCGUUCAGAGUUUAUUAUCAUCAAUCAACGUAUACGUCACCGUUAAAGGCACAGGACACGUUUGGCAAUAAUUUGUCAAAGACCAGUAUUCUCAAGUUGUGUAUCCCCACUGCAUAAA